AUGCUUUCACAACCUACGGAAGAAGAACCAACUUUUAUUGAAGAAGGGAAUACAACAACAGCACCACAAGUCUCCUUGACUCUUGAUGAUGUAAUCCGUAUUGAAAAGGAAAAGAAGAAGCGUCUCAGUGAAAUCAACAAGUUAAUUAAAUCUCAUACUAGUAAUCUUUCUAAAACACUCAAGGAAUCUUCCGUGUUGAGUAACAAAGAGUUGAGUGAAACUAGAGAACGUGUAAAGAGUCUCAAUCAACAAAUUGAUAAAAUUGAAAGUGAAAUCAAACAAAAAUUGGCUGAAGCUGAAUCAAAACUUGAGGAAAAUAAAUUGGAAAGAGAAAAGAAGAAUUUAAUUAAAUCCAAGUUGAGAUCAUUCGAAGUUGAUUAUGAUACUGCUUUGGUAAACAAACAAAAUCUUGAAGAGGAAAAGGGAGCAAUAGAUAAUGAAAGAGCUUCAUUGAAAGAAAUUAUUAUUGCUAAGAAAUCUUCUUUGCCAUACUCUACUGUAGCUGCAUACAACAAGGCUAUGAGUGAGGUUGAGGCUAAACUUGAAUCUAAGGAAACACCAGAAUCUGAAUUGAAACAACUCAAGACAAAAUUCAACAAGUUGAGAGAUGCUAAAAGAUUAUACGACGAAUAUGAGAAUAUACUUGUCAAACAACACGAUGUUCACAAACGAUACCAAAUUGUUGUUAAUAAUUUCCAAAAGGCUGAAAAGGAAAUUUCAGAAAAGAAGAAGGCUUUAAAGAGAGCUAAACAACAAUACGAACCAAUGCUUGUAGAGGCUUCUGAAUCAGUCACUGGAUCUGACGAAUUGAAGAAAUUCAUCACCAAGGCUAGAAAGCAAAUUGCUCAGCUCAAGAAGGAAAGAAAGGAAUUGCUUGAAUUAAUUGAUACCAAGAGCAGAGAAGCUGUUGUUACUGGAUCAGACAUUAAAAAUGAAAUUACAGAACUCACUCUCAAGAGAUUGCAAAUCCAAGAAGAAGUUGAUAGUCUCUCAAAGUUUGUUCACACAGAAAAGAUGAACAUUGAUCCAGAAAUGAUUGGAAAAGUUUUUGGUAAAAAGGGUGCCACCAUUAAGAGUAUCAGAGAAAAAUCUGGAUCUGAUGUCAAUAUCAAUAAGGAGUUGAGUCAAGUUGUUAUUAAGGGUACUCCAGAAACUGUUGCUGUAGCUAAGGAAUUAAUUGAAAAGUUAUUCACCACCAAAAAGAAGACUGAAUCAACUUCAAUUCGUUUCAAGAUGGAAAUGUUUGUUCCACUCACCAGAGUUGUUUCUCAAUGGAAGAAGGAAACCGGAGCUGAUAUUUUCGUAGACAAGCUCGAAGGUUCUUGUAAAAUAACUGGCUCAACUGAACAAAUUAAGGCUGCCAGAAAGCUCAUUAACGAAUUCUUGGAAAAGGGUCUCCAAGAAAAGACAAUUCAAAUCACCAAACUUGGUCAAUCUCACGAAGAUAUGAUCGAUCUCUUGUUUGGAUUGAAAGGAGAAAACCUCAAAAAGAUUCAAAAUCUUGACGGAGUUGUCAAUACAGUUAUCGACAAGAAGGCUAACGUAGUUAAAAUUUCAGGAACUGGAUCAGGUGCUGAUGUUGCUAUCAAGCAUGUUGCACAACUCAUGAAGGAUGCCUCAAUUGCUGAAAUUCCACUCCAAAAGCCAGCUCAUGGAGAAGUAAUUAUUGAAGCCUCCCAAAAGAUUCAAAAGGAAACUAACACACGGGUAACUGUUGUGAAGAAAUCAAACACUAUCAAGAUUACAGGAUACAAACAAGAUGAAGUCCAAAAGGCCAAAUCUCAAGUUGAAGCCAUCAUUUCUAAAGAACUUGAACAUGAAAGAAAAACUCAACACAAACAAGUUUUGAGGGUUGAUGUUAAGGUUGCUAGGAAUAUUAACAAACAAAGAUCUAAAAUUCAAACAGAAACUGAUACUAUCGUUAAGGUCAAUUUAAAGGAUUCUUCCAUCACUGUCUUUGGUGAAACAGAAGAGAAAGUGAAGGCUGUCGUGGAAAUAAUUGAAAAGGAAAAGCAAAUUGUGGAACAACGUGCUAAAGAAAAACAAGAGAAAGCCCAAAAGGAAUCUAAGGAAACUACCACCACCCAAACUGAACAAACAACCGAAACAGAAACUAAGGAAACAGUUGAACAAACAGAACAAUCAACUAACGAGGAACCAACAAGUCAACCAGAAGAGCAAGUAACUGAAGUUCCACCACAAGAACAAUCCACAAUCGUUGAGGAAAAGACUGAAUCAACAGAAACUACUGAAUCUUCACAAGAAAGCACAACACCUUAA